GGCAGCCAAAGCAGCUGCAUCUGGAACCUUUGGACUUGGUCGUGGCAUGGAAGAGGUGGACCUUUCGGACAGUCUGGCAGAGUUCACCACCAUCUUCGGCCUGUUCUUGGCUGCGUUGGUUGGAAUGAUUGGUUCUGGCGGUGCAGCGCUUGGGCACCAGUGGGGCUGGGCUGCUGGUCUGUUGGCGUUCGGCUGCGCUAAUUCAGUAUUGCUGCAGAACUACUCUCGCUUGCACUUGCCACAUGUUCGGCGUCGCCUUGAACAGCGCCUGAAGGAACUGUCUCAGCAGAAGGAUGCUUUGCUGAAAGACGUUCAGCAAGUUCAACGAGCAUCGAGAAAGACGGGCAUAGUCCAGUUGCGCGCGCACAUUUUCCUCCAGAGUGUGAACGUGAUCCGCAACAUGGACUACUUGACACGAUGUAUCAAGACUGAGGUACAGCGCAUGUCUUCUGAAAAGGCACGCAAGACUCAGCUGCAGAAACGUCUGGUGGCCAGCGGCUUGCAACUCUUGCUUGCGCUCUUGCCCCACAGCUCGCCGCAGUGGCAAGAAGAAGCCCUUGGAGGAGAGCAGUGUGCAGAGCUGGCAUCGGUGAUUUUCUCGCGACGUGCGGUUCAAAGUAACCAGGCCUCGCAGCUCAUAUCUUCCAGCUACGCUGAUUCCAGGAAGAGGCUUUGGUUGCUGUUUCGGAUGGUACAUCUCAGUUCGGCAAUCCCCACAGAGGUGCAAGGAAAGCUAUCUGCCUUAAUGGAUAGCUACCUGCGGCCUGUUUUGGUAGAGCGAAGGCUGCCAACUGGCUACUGCCAAGCCGUGGGCAGAGGACUUCAACCGCAGGCAAUGCUGGAGGAUGGCCUUCAAGGUACAAGGUCGGCAAGACGAGACGAGGAGAGGCCAAAAUCUCCAACUGCCAGAGGUCGCAGUGCCAGCGGCAGUGCCAGCGUAGACGAGGAAGCGGAGAGCGAGGACCACUUCUCCUUCGCCGCUUCGACGGCAUCAAAAGUCUCCAACUCCUCGGCGUCGAAAGUCACCAGCGACACGUCCAAAGCGGUGCGGCGGCUCUUCGCGACCCGAGGGGACCUGUUACAGGUCUUGAAACGUUUACCACAACAAGCACUUCAGUCCCAGGGGGGAUGCAGUACGCAAGCGGAGUCGCUGCUGCGGGGAAUUUGCACCUCUGUGGUCGUUGGAGUUCCCCAAGAGUUGGUUCCGAAUAGCGCGGCCAGCCACGCAGCACUGGUUGGCCUGGGUAUUGGCUACAGAUAUGGACGGAGCUAUUCGCUGUCUUUUGCACAGAUCACCUUGGAAUUGACUGUGGUGGUGCCAACGUCUGCAGGUCCAAAAGAGCUCUCCGUACAGUUCAGCCAGCUCUCAGAUUGCGAGCCCUCAUCGGCAGAUGCCUCCAAUGCCUGGAGCGACCUAACCGCAGCGUUGCCCUUGCGCUUCAACGACGCCGCGCUCCGCGUGCGCCGGAGGAAUCUGAAGAAGGCCAAGGAGACCCUAAGAAGCUUGCGCUAGCUGUGAUAGGCUCUGUGGAGACUUCUCACCAGUGCAGAGGGAAGUCCAAGGACGAAUCCCC